AUGGCUGCGGCACAAAUGACCCCCGAGUUCCGUGCAUACGAAGGCGAAUACGAUGCGGUCAAGCAGAGCGUGCAAGGCAAGAUUGAUGAGGACGUCGCUCAGCAGAGAGGGGGUCAGUUUGUCGUGUUCGCGUUCGCUGAUGGCUGUUCCUAUUCCUCUUCCGCGGGGGUUCAGACGGGUCAUGAGAGGGUUACAAGUUGUGGCACUGACUUGAUGGGUCUUGUUUGGUACAUCCCCUUGGUAUUGAUCAUCCUCCCCGAUGCGUACUGCGCUCCACCGCCACCGCCACCGCCACCGCCACCACCGCAUCCAUCCCGAAACGACUCGUCCCGCCCCUAUGCAGAACAACGCAAGGCGACCAUCCGACGCAUCAACAUGGAGCUAGAAGAAGCCGAUGAGAUCGUGCGUCGGUCGUCUCUUGAUGCGUCGGUCUUAGAGCGACUGACGCGGAGGAUCGAGUGGCCCCCAGAUCGAGCAGAUGGAGAUGGAAGCCAGGGGCAAAGCCGCGUUGAUGAUCAAAGUACGGCAGUACAAGGGAGAGGUCAAGACGUUCAGGUCCAAAGUGGUACGUCAGAGGUUGAUGUCCCAGGGCAGAGACUUGUCACGCUCGAACUCAUACCCCGCUGCCGCUCUCGCUCCCUCAUCUCAGACCGCCCUCUCGGCCAUAUCCGAUCGCGACCUCUUGCUCUCCCAACCUGCCCAUUCAGCCUACACCAUCGAUGUCGACGACGACGAGAUCGCCGGCGUUUCCUCCUCCCAAGCGCAACGCUCCCGCCUCCUCCAAUCCACCCAAACGCUCAACAAAUCCGGCGACCGUCUCACCAACUCCCAACGGCUCGCCGCGGAAAGUGAAGAAAUGGGGGGUAGCAUCCUCUCUUCUCUGAGGAUGCAAAGGGGACAAUUGGAGAGUGCGAACGAGGAAUUGGAACAGGCCGAUGGGUCGAUCGCCAAGGCUAGUGUGACGCUCAAAAAGAUGGUUCGCUUGGCGUAUCGACAAAGGAUCAUGUUGAUCGGGUUUGGGAUCGCGCUCAUGAUCCUCAUCGUGUUGAUCCUAUGGCACAAACUCAAGUGA